AUGCUCACGCUGUCUCUCGUUCAGCUGACCACGCUGGCUCUGGUGCUACUCAGCGCGGGCCAGGAAGCCCUUGCUCGUCCGGGCAAGCUCCGACCUGUCGAAUCCAAACACCUGCGCCACGACAUCAAGCGCAAAGACCUCCUCUCCGGUGCACGCAAGCUUCAGUCGCUCGCCUACGCCACCUCGGAACGCAACCGCGUCUUUGGCUCGCCCGGACACAAGGCCACUGUCUCGUUCAUCCAGGACGAGAUCCGCAAAGCAGGCGGCGGAGACUAUUACGACGUCUACCUCCAGCCGUUCACCGCGACCUAUGCGCAACACUCUUCCGCGCUGGCCAUCGACGACAAGCUCACCAAGUCGGUCACGUUUACGUAUUCGCCCAACGGACACUUCAACGAUACCGAGGUGGUCAAGGUGGCCAAUGCCGGUUGCGAUCAGGCUGACUUCCCAGCUGAGGUGGAGGGCAAGAUCGCACUCAUCCAGAGAGGGACGUGUACGUUUGCUGUGAAGGUGGGUCGUGCGGGCACGGCCAAGGCUGCAGCUGUGAUCAUCUACAACAACGCCGCGGGUGAUGUGGCGGGCACGUUGGGUAGCAAGGGUCCUGCCCCCGAAGGGCCGUUUGUCCCUGUUGCCGGUGUCACGCAGGAUGUCGGCACUGGCCUGGCCACACGCCUGGCAAAUGGCGAAAAGGUGACGGUGGAUCUCACGCUCGACGGCGUCAUCGAAGACCGCGUGACGCACAACGUCAUCGCCGAGACCAAGGGUGGCUCCAAGUCGCAAGUCAUCAUGUUCGGUGCACACUCGGACAGCGUCGUUGCCGGACCCGGCAUCAACGACAACGGCAGCGGCUCGAUCGCUCUGCUGACUAUCGCCAAGCAACUCGCCAAGUACAGCGUCAACAACGCCGUCCGCUUCGCCUGGUGGUCCGCCGAAGAGUACGGCCUGCUUGGCGCCGAACACUACGUCACCAACCUCGACCAGGCGGGCAAGGACCAGAUCCGUCUCUACCUCAACUUUGACAUGAUCGCCUCGCCCAACUACGUCCUCAGCGUCCACGACGGCGACGGCAGCACGUUCAACCUGACCGGCCCCGCCGGCUCUGCCCAGGCCGAAGCCAUGUUCUUCGACUACUUUAAGAACAUCGCCAAGCAGCCGCUCAUCGAGGGACCCUUCGACGGACGCAGCGACUACGGUCCGUUCCUGGACGCCGGGAUCGCCGCUGGAGGCCUCGACACGGGCGCAGAGGGGUUGAAGACCGAAGAGGAGGCCAAAGUGUUCGGCGGGACUGCUGGGAUCGCAUACGACCCCAACUAUCACCAGGCGGGCGAUACCAUCGACAACCUGGCCAUGGAGGCGUUCGAGAUCAACACAAAGGCCAUCGCUCACGCUGUAGCCACCUACUCGACCAGCCUCGACAGCCUCGGCCCCAAAGAUGCGUCGACAAAGACAAGGAGAGGCGCGGCCGAGGCCAAGAAGGUGGAUCACAGCACGCAUCGCUGCGGAGGCGAUUUGUCGGUUAUGUGA